GAUUUCCUAUUUGGAGAUACAUAUUUUCCAUUUGGAAACUUGACAACAUAAAAAAUAUUUCGUUUUCCUAAAAUCUUAUUUGGAAAACAAAGAAAACUAUAAUUAACUUAGGGUGUCAAACUUGGGAUGAAGACAAAUAAAAUUAAAUGUUGUAUAGCUAUAAUCAGUAUGAUACACAACAUUUCAUGAAAAUGGAACCCCAUAAUUCGUAUCAUUUCUUGGGGUCUGAGGCAAUGACCUUUUUAAAUGUACAUUAAGCAUGCCUCUGCGUACAUAACUUCAAACUUAUUUGAUUAAACAAAUGUUGUUUUACACCCAAAAAAAUGUAGUUUUCAUUUCAACCUUCGCAUCAUUGCUUCAAACUUUUCAUGUAGAAGCGGUUCUGGCUACAAUCGACCAAUCUUGAAAUGAGCCAAAUUUAGAACUAUUGCUUGUAUUUUUUUUUCCAACUUUAGUUAUUGCUUGUAUUUUGACUUAAGAUGACACAACCUUUUGUUUCUGUAACAACAUAUGAUAUCAAAUACGAUACUUAAAUAAAACACUAGAAGCUUCAUAAUUUAUUUAUACAUUGCACGAAGUGUGCAACUUUAUGAUUUCACUCCUGGAAUCAAACUCAUAUUCUUAGUAACUUAUAUAUAAUUAUAUGACUUGAAACAUAACUAAAUAAAGAAAGAACCUGUUUGCCGAAGAAAAAAACGAAAGCAAGAUGUUGUUCAUUUCACUCUUCAGAUUCGUAAUGAACUGGACAUGGGAUAAAUUAAGAAAACAAGUAAACUAGUAUUAUCGUUUUAAAGCUAUCAUUAAAUUUCAUUAAAUACCUUCACAUGGGAAAUAACUGAUGCUGAGGUAUUAUAUUUCAUGGAAGGUCAAUGAUCGUAUUUGACAUUUUGUUCUCUAAUUAUUUUUGAAGAAAACUUGUUGUUGUUGUUAACAAAGCCCUAUUUGAACAUACUUAUAAACGUUACAUUAUAACUAGAUCAUUAGAUUUUGUGCUUGUUUCAUAUACUUUAGCUAUUUACAUCACAUAGAAUACGAGAAACGACUACAUGUAAGAUUCAUAACUAACAGUCCUAUAAAGAAAGCUUUUAUAAUGCUACAGUUCUUAAACCUUUUUCUUCCUAAAACAACAUGUCCGUUGGAAAAAAAAAACAUUUUCCAGCUUUUAUCCUUUUGUAAUUGUGAAGCAAAUUAAAAAUGAAAAUAGGGAUGUUUCUUACUUUCUUCUACAAAUCAACCCAUUUUGGGCUUCUAAAUGAAACCCUUUGCCAUUAUUGCCAUUAACAUUUUUUGCCUAUAAAUCAUUUUAAAUUAUUUUCAUUAUCAUCUUAACUAUGAAGCAUUAAAUACAUGAGAUUCUUAAGUUAUUAACAGCUAUAUAUCCGCGUUUUCUCUUUGAGGUCUGUUGUAUUUUAGUUAUUGGCUUCUUGUAUUAAAUACGAGUAUUAGUUACAUGUUAGGUCAAAUUUUGUUAAUGGGUUAUACAAGUAGAGAGUAUCAUUAGCUGGUGGACAUACAACUAAAACAAAAUGAUUUUAAGCAAAUGUUCAAAAAUUUAAAACAAAAUAUAAGUAAGAAGUGAAAUAAUAUCGAUCUGAAAAUAUGGUUUGUGUAAAUGAUAUUUACCUAAAUUAUCAAACUAUCCUGCUCUAGAUUUGAUUUUUUUUCAAAAAAUAUUUUAAAGUAUUAACAUAAUAAAAAUUUAUACAUAAAAUUUUACCGCCUAUUAUUUUCAUAUUCACUUAACCGUUUUCAAAUGAAUCAAAUCUACUAAAGAUUAUUAUUUAAACAAUUUAGUAUACUUUAAUCACUUUACUUUUCAUAAAACAUCUUUAAAUGCUUUUCCUAUUUUAUAACCUUCGUUCGUAAUUUUAUGUAUUUUCUUAAAUUAUGAAGUUUAUCAUUAUACAAACAGUUUUUAUAUUACAUAGUUCUAUCUUUACCAAUCAAAUUAAUUUUUGUUUUGAAACAUUUCAUACUCAUCCCCUCAACAUUUAAACAAUAAAUGGUUUGCUGCGCUUGCUUAAAUGCAGAGAUAUAUUGACAUUGUUUAAUGAAUUACCUUCUGUUUCAUAUAGUUGUCUGGUCUCUACUCUACUUUACUAUUUUCCCCAAUUCCAGUUAAUAAUAAACUAAUUACUAAAUAAACAAUGUCAUUUUCUCUGUCCCCAACAUAAAAUUACUUUAUUCAACGAAAAUUUAUUAUUUGUCAUAAUAAGCUCUUCUUCGUCCUUAUAUAAAUAUACACAUUAUUUUAAGAAGCCUUCAACUCUUAAUCCCCCCCCUCUCACCUAGAACAACACAAAGAAAAAAAAUCCUCUCGACAAGUUCGAAGUUUGAAAAAUGAGAAACAAGAACGGCAAAAGAGCCAGAGUGGAGCCAUUGGGGAGAACGGCAGAGUCGGUGGUUGCUAAUAAAAGGUUUGGAGGAGGAUCGCCUCCGAGCAGCACAUUAUCAUCGGCUAGCUCGUGCCUAUCGACCACGGAGGAAAUGAAGGAAGAGGUUGCCUCGUCGUGGAUUGAGGAACCGCCUGUAAUGGUGGUGGUGGGAUGUCGUAGAUGUUUUAUGUAUGUUUUGGUCUCACUAGCAAGGAUUUGUUGCCCUAAGUGCAAAUGCAAUGAUUUGAUCAUGUUUUAGAGAAUUUGUUAUGAGUUAUGAUUUUGAUUUGGAUUUGAAAUAUUGGGAAUUUCUCUAUGCAUGGUGAAUAUGUAAAGUCUUAUAUAUAAGAAUCAAAUCAAGUAUCACCCUUUUUCUUAAGCUAUAUAUGUUUGACAGAAAUCGUUUCUGUUUAUAUCGUCCUGGUUCGUCUUUGUGAGAAGUGUGGAGCUCGACUAAGCUGAAAAUGUCAAUUGGGUUUCCUGAAGAAAACAGAAGCAUGAUUGGACCUUGGUGAAUUAAUGAGCAGGCCCGGGGCGUUAGAGUUUUGUUUGUGGGUGCGUCGCAGGAGAUUAGAACCCGCGUAACAAACUCUAACGGUGAUCGUCUUCUCUUUAUAAACCUGAAACAGAGAGAGAUCACCAUUCUUGUAACUCGAAAGAGAUAAGCUUUUGUAAACACUAAGAGAGA